AUGACUACUACACCGCCGGCAGAGGACCCCACCGCUGCGUCUGACUUCGAGUCUCUCUUCAAGGACUGUCCGCCCAUCUUCGUCCUCCCAACACAUCUCAGUCUGGACGAGCUGCAUGCUGUGGAAGACUCGCUCGCAAAGCACGGUGCGCCCCUCACGUACGAUGUCUCGGAGGCCAAGAUUGUUCUGGGAACGAUCGGUCAGCGCAAACGCGCGGCGUUGGAGUUGAGGUCUCGAGGUGUCUGGACGGAGGAGAUAUCGCCGGCGACGUCGACAGCGACAGGUCCCAGCCAACAACCGCCUUCGAAACGGAGGCGGGUCGAUAAGACUGUAGAUCAUGUUUCCAGAUCACCGGUUGUCGAUCUGAGCACGGAGUCAGACGAAGAAGCAGGGAGACCAUCGCAUUCGCCAGAUGUGGCCCAGGCUGAUAGUACGAGUGACAGCUUCUCGUCAGUAGAAAGUGAGUCUGACGGGAUAGCGGAGCGGCACAUCAAGGUCGUCAAGCUGGAGUGGCUCACGCAAUCUCUAAAGGAGGGAAAGCUGCUGCCUCUCGACCCGUACGUCGUCUACUACGCUCGGGUGGUUGAUCGACCUGAGGUCAAGAAAGCAGCGCCCAAGCCUUCGAGGCUGGCGUCUGAGUCCCAACAGAUACUGGAGAGAGCAAUGGAAGAUGCAGCGUCCCAACCACCUUCCGCAUCCUUGUCCUCGCGCUUCGGUGUUCGCCGGACGAAACACCCAGACGAAAAAGGCCAGCACUACCAUCCACCAACACUCUACCGCCAGACGACCUCGGAACAUGAGGAGACAAUACCCCUUCCACCAGCGCCUGACUGGGUGAAGAACAAUGUCAUGUACGCAUGCAUGCGUUCCGCGCCGUUGCACCCGCCAAACGAAAAGUUCAUCGACCAACUGGUGAAGAUCAGAAGGGCUAGGGAGCUCACGUUGGAUGAGGUCGGGGUCCGUGCUUACAGCACUGCCAUUGCCUCCAUAGCAGCGUAUCCGUACGAAUUCCGGAGUCCUGCGGAGGUGCUAUCUCUCCCCGGGUGUGACAUGAAGAUCGCGAAUCUCUUUGUGGAAUUCAAGAACAGCCCUGACGGCACGCUGGCGGCGGCAGAAGCGCUCGACACGGAUCCGGUGUUGAAGGUUCUGAAUCAGUUCUCCAAGAUCUGGGGCGUUGGCGCAAAGACGGCGCGCGAGUUCUACUACCAGCGAGAGUGGCGCGACCUGGACGACGUGAUCGAGCACGGCUGGAACAGCCUCUCGCGGGUGCAGCAAAUCGGCGUCAAGUACUACGACGAAUUUCUGGCGGGGAUCCCUCGCUCGGAGGUCGCUGACAUUGCCAAGACGAUCCACCGACAUGCGACCAUGGUCCGUCCGGGAUGCGAGUACGACGGGCAGGGCAUGGAGUGCAUCAUCGUGGGCGGGUAUCGGCGGGGGAAGGAGAUCUGCGGCGACAUCGAUCUGGUGCUGAGCCAUCGGGACGAGAGGGUAACGAAAAACCUGGUUGUCGAUGUUGUCAGCAGUCUCGAGUCCGAGGGGUGGGUGACGCAUACGCUUGCCCUGAUUAUGUCGACGUCGAACCGGGAGCAGCAGACGCUUCCGUUCCGGGGGGAGGGGAGUGGACACCAUCACUUUGACAGUCUGGACAAGGCCCUCGUCGUGUGGCAGGAUCCGCAUUUCGGAGACCAGGACGAGACAGACCAAGAUCCCGAGCGGAGACGCAAGCGCAACCCGAACCCCCACCGACGGGUCGAUAUCAUCAUCUCGCCGUGGCGGACGGUCGGGUGCGCCGUGCUGGGCUGGUCCGGGGACACGACGUUUGAGCGCGACCUGCGGCGGUACGCGAAGAAGGCGCACGGCUGGAAGUUCGACUCGAGCGGGGUGCGCGAGCGCACGUCGGGUGGGAAGGUUAUUGACCUGGAGCGCGGUGGUCAGACGUGGGAGGAGCGCGAGCGACUGGUCAUGGAGGGGCUGGGGGUGGGAUGGCGGCCUGCGACGGAGAGGUGUUCGAGGUGA